AUGGGUAGAGCAAAAAUAGCAAUGGAGUUCAUUGUUAAGGAAAAAACAAGGAACGCUACUUAUGGGAAGAGGAAAAAAGGGUUGCUUAAGAAAGCACACGAGUUAUCGAUUUUAUGCAACGUACCGGUUUGCAUAAUCAUCUACCCUUACAAAGAAGGGAAGCAAUCCUCGGAAGCUGAGGUUUAUGCUUUUAAAGGGGACUUGAUAACGGAGUCUAAUGCUAUGGAUUUGUCUCGAGCAACCGAUCCGAUGGUUGCUCGAGAGAUGAUUGAUAGGUACGUUAGGAUUCCUAAUGAGGAGAAGUACAAAAGGGCUCUUAACUUGUUUGACAUGUUUGAUGAAUGGACUAAAAAGGCUGAUCAAGAGUUGUCCAAACUAAGGCAUAAGAAUGCAUUGGUUAAGUACCCUUGUUGGGAUUCUAGAUUUGAUGGGCUUACUCUUGAACAACUUAUGGAAUUGCUUGUUCAUUUGGAUCAGAAGAUUGAGUUUGUUAGGCAAAAGAUUUCGUUGUUUAAGAGUAAUAAUAAUCAUAAUCAUAGUCAUACUCAUAAUCAUGAGGGCGCGGCUUUGGUACCGUACCUUGAGCCUACGCCAAUCACUAGUCAUCAAAUUGGGUUCCCUUAUGUUGAAGGGUUUAAUCAAUUGACCUCAUUUAAUUAUCCUAUUAACAACAAUAAUUAUAAUUAUCAACAAUUUUGCCACCAAUUAGUGCCUUUUAAUUAUCCAAAUCUCGAUAAUCAAGGUGGUGGUAGUAGUAGUAGUCAUCAAAUGGGUGGUACUAGAAUGGAUGAUCAGGGUGGUAGCAGCAGCAGAGGUAGCAGCUUGAUGUAUAAUAUGAACUCAAUGCCCGGGGUUGUACCUGUGUACUAUGAUCAAGGGCGAGGAUUUGUUGAUAACUUCGGGGCGACAUCAUCAUACGGUGCUGGUUUAACUAUGUCUAUGCCCUUGCAGUCGAUGCCUAUGCUGCCUAAUGCUUCAUUGCAAAGGCAGAGGCAAUAUCAUCAGAUGUACUACAAGCAGGUAUGUGAUUAA